CAUACGAUUUUCAUCUCUUUUCCCAACUAUAUAACAUAUAUCUGUUAAUAAGGAGAUUUUCAUCAUUCCUCACCCACUGCUCAUACAUCACCAAAUUCACCACGACGGCCAUGGCUGCACCCAACUCGCGGAUCACCAGUCCACAACAGCGAAGCAUCCUCGCCAAGCUCAUCGGUAAGGAGGUUGUUGCCGUCACGCCUCUGAAUCGAGAACUGGCCGGAGGCGAUGCUAGAGAUGAUGAGGGGGAGAUAAUGGGGUGGCUGGAGGGGAGGGAGAGGGGCUCGGUGGUGUUCGUGUCGUUCGGGAGCGAGUACUUCCUAUCGAAGGAGGAGAUGGAGGAGAUGGCGCGCGGGCUGGAGCUUGCGAGCGAAGAAGUGGGGUUCGUGUGGGUGGUGAGGUUUCCUGGAGGAGACGGGGAGACGGUGAGCCUCGUUGAAGCUUUGCCUGAAGGGUUCUUGGAGAGGACAGAGGAUAGAGGCAUGGUGGUCCAAGGAUGGGCUCCUCAGGCCAAGAUCCUCAUGCACCCGAGCAUAGGUGGGUUUGUGAGUCACUGCGGUUGGAGCUCAGCAUUGGAAGCAAUUGUCUUCGGCGUACCCAUCAUAGCCAUGUCAAUGCACCUUGAUCAGCCCUUGAACAGCAAACUGGUGGCAGAUCUUGGGAUUGGCGUGGAGGUCCAGAGAGAAGACGGCAGGUUCCGGGGGGAGGAUGUGGCGAAAGCGAUCAAGCAAGUGGUGGUUCAAGAAGAAGGCGAGCAAGUCCGGAGAAGGGCCAAGGAACUGAGUGCGAGGAUCAGGGAGAGGCGAGAGGAGGAGACGAGCGUAGUGAUGAAGAAGCUGGAACGACUUUUUGGAGAAGAACAACUUUUGAUCUUGGCGAGACUGUGACUUGACAUGAUUGGUGGACCAAGAUUCGGAUUUGCUGGUUGAUGGCAUAAUUUAUAGAGUUGGCGGCAUAAAUAAGAGGAGGAAUCUGAUGCGGGAGCAUCCAACAGAAUCGAUGCGUUUCGGAUGAUGCUUCACGAAUCUGAUCUGGUUCUUGAUCUUUUCCAAACUCUUCAAUUUCCCCGGUUAAAGCAAAAAAGACAUAAAAAUAAGAAGGCUGUCCAGAGAUUUGGACAAGUCGAAUACAUAGAUGUAACCUAAUUAGCCACAUACUAUAUAUAAGCACUGACUCUUCUUAUCAAGGAGACAAGUUUCUUCCUUUCAAGUCUUUAUCUGUUAUGAACUCAAUAAUGUUUUCAACCUUGUAGAGACAUUCAAAUGGACAUCCGCACAAAUUUUUUGUGGGGGAGACAGAUAUCGUGGACCUUAACCAUUGUUUGAUUCAGAUCCAUUUUGUAUGUGAUGUAGUUCGUUCAGUACCAAGGUCUGUAAAUAGGCUCACUAGUAUAGUUUUUGACAUA